AUGGCUUCUUCUUCUGCUUUGACUCGCACCUGGAGAUACCGCGUCUUCACGAGCUUCCACGGCCCCGACGUCCGCAAAAGCUUUCUCAGUCAUUUACGCAAACAGUUCGUCUGCAAUGGGAUUUCGAUGUUCGACGAUCAAGGAAUCGAGAGAAGCCACACGAUCAAACCCGAACUCACACGAGCGAUUAAGGAAUCGAGGAUCUCGAUCGUCGUGCUCACGAAGAACUACGCUUCUUCAGGAUGGUGUUUGGAUGAGCUGUUGGAGAUUCUGAAGUGCAAGGAAGAUAAGGGACAAAUCGUGAUGACGAUCUUCUACGGAGUCGAUCCAUCUGAUGUUCGCAAACAGACUGGAGAUUUCGGGAAAGUUUUCAGGGAAACGUGUCGUCGUAAAACGGAGGAGGAGAGGCGGAGAUGGAGCCAAGCUUUGACCGUCGUUGGCAACAUCGCCGGAGAACACUUGCUAAACUGGGACAAUGAAGCGGAAAUGAUCGAGAAGAUUGCAAGAGAUGUUUCAGACAAACUGAAUGAGACACCGUCUAGGGAUUUUGAGGGCAUGGUUGGACUUGAAGCUCGUUUGAAGAGAAUGGAGUCACUGCUAGAUUUAGAUUAUGGUGGAGUUAAGAUGGUUGCAAUAUAUGGUCCUGCAGGUAUUGGUAAGAGUACCAUUGCAAGAGCUUUGCUAAGUCAAUUCUCUGAUAGGUUUCAGCUUACUUGUUUUGUGGACAACCUUAGAAGAAGUUAUCCUAGUGGCAUUGGGGAGUAUGGUUUGAAGCUGCACUUACAAGAAGAGUUUCUUUCAAAGGUUCUGAACCAAAAUGGUAUUAGGAUACGUCAUUUAGGUGCAGUGAAAGACAGGCUCCGGGAUCAGAGAGUGCUCAUCAUUCUUGAUGAUGUGGAUGAUCUAAAGCAGUUAGAGGCUUUGGCUAACGGAACUAUGUGGUUUGGUCCUGGUAGUAGGAUUGUAGUCACCACGGAAAACAAAGAGCUUCUGCAGCAACAUGGUAUCAACGAUACGUACCAUGUGGGGUUUCCAUCUAGAGAAGAAGCUCUUGAGAUCUUAUGUAGAUAUGCUUUUAGUCAAAGCUAUCCAUUGAAUGGGUUUCAAAAGCUUGCGGAAAGAGUAACAGAGCUUUGUGGUAAGCUUCCAUUGGGUCUCCGUGUGGUGGCUUCCUCUUUACGUGGGAAGAAUGAGGAUGAUUGGGAGAAAGUAGUACGCAGGCUAGAAACUAUUCUUGAUCACCGAGAGAUCGAGGAAGUAGUAAGAGUUGGUUAUGAGAGCUUACAUGAGAAUGAGCAAUCUCUGUUUCUCCAUGUAGCAGUCUUCUUCAACUGGGAAGAUGGUGAUCUUGUGAAAGCCAUGCUCGCUGACAAAAACCUGGAUAUAACAUACGGGUUGAAAAUCUUGGAAAACAAGUCUCUCAUACAUGUAACUACGGAUGGAGAAAUAUUUAUGCACAAGUUACUGCAACAAUUGGCCACAAAAGUCGUUCAUAGUGAAGAACCAUGGAAACGCCGGAUUCUAGUAGAUGCUCCAGAGAUUUGCGAUGUUCUUGAACGUGCCGAAGGGACAAGAGCUGUGUCCGGCAUAUCAUUUGACAUGUCUGACGUGGAUGAAGUAUCCAUAGGCAAGAAAGCUUUCAAAAGAAUGCCUAAUCUUCGAUUCCUCAAAGUUUACAAAAGCAGGGAUGACGGGAAUGAUGUAUUGCAUAUACCUGAGGAAAUGGAGUUCCCACGUCGACUAAGGUUACUACAAUGGGAGGCAUACCCAAGCAAGUGUCUUCCUCCUACGUUUCAUCCCGAAUAUCUUGUCGAACUCAAAUUACCAAAUAACAAUCUCGAGAAGCUCUGGGGAGGAACCCAGCCAGUUACAAACCUCAAGAAGUUGCAGUUGCCAAGGUCUUUGAAUCUAAAGGAACUUCCGGAUCUUUCAAAAGCUGCAAAUCUGGAGAGACUGGUUCUGCGUGGUUGCAAGAGUUUGGUGGAGAUUCCUUCCUCUAUCGGAGAUCUUCAAAAAAUAGUCUGGUUGGAUUUGGGUCACUGUAAAAAGCUACAAGUUGUUCCGACCCGCUUCAACUUGGCACCUCAUGGUUUUGUCGACAUGUCCGGAUGCUCACAGCUGAGAAACUUUCCAGAUAUAUCCUCCAACACCACAGCACUCGUAAUCGCAGACGCAAUGUUAGAACAAGUUGCUAAAUCAAUUAGGCUUUGGAGUAGCCUCCGGACACUCAGUAUAUACGACGAUGGCGCAAAUAUUGAGAGGAUUCCAGAUUGCAUCAAAGACCUCCCUGUGUUAAAAUCGCUAGCUAUAUAUGACUGUCCAAAGCUUGCAUCACUGCCAGAGCUCCCUCGCUCGCUCGAAAGACUAAUAGCACGGUCCUGUGAAUCACUCAAGACCGUAUCUCUGGCUUAUGACUCUGUAACAGUUUGCAGUUUCCCCAACUGCUUCAAACUAGGCCGAGAAGCGCAGAGAGUAAUCACACAGGUGUCGUUGGGGGCUUGCCUACCUGGAAGAAAAAUACCUGAGGAGUUUGACCACCGAGCUAAGGGAAACACCUUGACCAUCCGUACAGAUUCCCGAGUGUUUAGGUUUUGCAUUGUCAUUUCCCCUAAACAACAGAUUGAAGAUCACUACCCGGACUUGUUGUGUCGCAUGCGCGUAAACAAGGGUUGCCCCACUGACCAUGUGUUACUUGUGUAUCUCCUUAGUAUCCAAACGGAACAUCUAUGUGUAUAUUACGCUGAUUUGGCUGGCGUGGAUGGAGAUGGAGACUUUGAACUGGAGAGUGAAAUAACGUUUGAGUUCAUCUCAUGCCAGGAGAUCGACAUUAUUGAAUGUGGUGUCCAGAUCUCGACGGAGGAAAGCGAGAGUAGAAGAAGGAUUGAGUUUGAUGAGCCCAGCGAAGAAGACUCUCAAGACUCUGAACUUACGGAUGGACUAAUCUGCGACUCGAAAGAAGACAACGAUAUCGAAACCAGUAGACUUAGAGAUUGUUGGAGCUGGCUCCUCCUCUGCUUGGUUUGGGGAAGAAGACAAUGA